AUGAAUCACUUUUCUGGAACAAUCCCGUCGUCAUUGGCGAGCCUUAAUUUCUUGAAAGGAUUUAAUGUCUCCUACAAUAAUCUUGAAGGACCAAUACCAACAGGCACCCAGCUCCAAAGCUUCAAUGCUUCUGCCUUUGAGGGGAAUCCAAAACUUUGUGGUGCCCCACUUUUAAAUAAGUGCAGACCAAAUAAGGACAUGGAUGCAGAUAACAAGAACAACAAAGACGAGGGCAAUGGGCAUCAUCAACUUCCAUGGUUUUAUAUUUUCGCUGUGUUGGGGUUCAUAGUAGGAUUUUGGGGAGUCUAUGGUUCUUUAGUUAUUAACAAGACAUGGAGAUAUGCAUAUUUUCGAUUCAUAGACAAUCUACAAGAUAGGCUCUAG